UACCAUGGCAGUUUUAUGAAACCAGCCACCCCUGGCUUCACUUUGAUCUUCCUCUGUUUACAUACCCCUGUUUCAAUUCCUUGGCCACAGACAUACAAUUACUAAGAAUUAUUAGUGCUUGAUAAGAACUAUAAUUACUACAAUGACUGCCCGAAAUGGAAAGGGCAGGAGAGAAAUCGAAUUAUCAUAUGGACUGGUGUCUGAGCUGGGCCAUUUGUGUCUCGUAAACCUGAACCCCGCCUCCGGUCCAUUCCCUGAAUUAACUCCCGGCGCACCCGCCGAGCGCGGUAACCUUAAGACUGGAGGCUUGAGCACCGAAGGCAGGAGCGGGAUCCAGCGAUUCGGGAAUCGAGAUGCAAAUUCCUCCUGCGCUCCUAGAGAGGACCCGGAAGCGCAGCGCAGUCCCGGAAGGCGAGAUGCUGACACACUUCCUGUCUUUGUGACUCAUUGUGUCUGUGUCGAGGCGUCGGGAGGGCCUAGGUCCGUGUGCAGCGCCGUUCUGCCGGCCUGAGCCCCAGAGUCAGCUCCCCUUUCUCGCCCAGCGCCCCCAGGCUGCUCCCGGGGCUCACGGAACAAUACCGAAACAUAUCAGAAAACAUCUAGAACAGAAAGGAGAGCACAGACCCUGUUUGGAUCAAGUCAGCUCCCUGAGCCUGAAUGAUGACUGCAGAAUCCAGGGAAGCCACAGGUCUGUCCCCCCAGGCUGCCCAGGAGAAGGAUGGUAUCGUAAUAGUGAAGGUAGAAGAGGAGGAUGAAGAAGACCACAUGUGGGGGCAGGAUUCCAGCCUGCAGGAGACGCCGCCUCCCGACCCAGAGAUUUUCCGCCAACGUUUCAGGCACUUCUGUUACCAGAACACUUUUGGGCCUCGAGAGGCUCUGAGUCGACUGAAGGAACUUUGUCAUCAGUGGCUCCGACCAGAGAUAAACACUAAGGAGCAGAUCCUGGAGCUGCUGGUACUGGAGCAGUUCCUCUCCAUCCUGCCCAAGGAGCUCCAAGUCUGGCUGCAGGAAUACCGUCCUGAUAGUGGGGAGGAGGCCGUGACCCUUCUGGAAGAUUUAGAGCUCGAUUUGUCAGGACAGCAGGUCCCAGGUCAAGUUCAUGGGCCUGAGAUGCUUGCCAGGGGGAUGGUGCCUCUGGAUCCAAUGCAGGAGUCCUCAAGCUUUGACCUUCAUCAUGAGGCCACCCAGUCCCAUUUCAAGCAUUCAUCUCGGAAGCCUCGCCUCUUGCAGUCACGGGCUCUCCCUGCCACCCACGUUCCUGCCCCUCAUCACGAGGGGAGUCCCAGAGACCAGGCGAUGGCAUCUGCACUAUUCACAGCAGAUUCCCAGGCAAUGGUGAAGAUCGAGGACAUGGCCGUGUCCCUCAUCCUGGAGGAAUGGGGAUGUCAGAACCUGGCUCGGAGGAAUCUCAAUAGGGACAACAGGCAGGAGAAUUAUGGGAACGUGUUUUCCCAGGGUUGUGAAAACAGGAAUGAGAAUGAGGAGUCAGCCUCAAAGGCUGAAAACGCAGAAGACUCAGCAUCACGUGGGGAGACAACAGGAAGAUUCCAGAAAGAUUUUGCAGAGAAACGUGAACAGCAGGGCAGAAUAGUAGAAAGGCAGCAAAGAAACCCUGAGGAAAAAACCGGAAGAGAAAAAAGAGAUUCGGGGCCAGCUACGGUCAAGGAAAAAAAACCCACCACAGGAGAGAGAGGUCCAAGGGAGAAGGGUAAAGGAUUGGGAAGAAGCUUUAGUCUGAGUUCAAACUUUAAUGCCCCCGAAGAGGUGCCGACGGGAACGAAGUCCCACAGAUGUGAUGAAUGUGGAAAAUGCUUCACGAGGAGUUCAAGCCUUAUUCGCCAUAAAAUAAUCCACACUGGAGAAAAGCCCUAUGAAUGUAGUGAGUGUGGGAAAGCCUUCAGUCUUAACUCAAACCUUGUCCUGCAUCAGAGAAUCCACACCGGAGAGAAGCCUCAUGAAUGUAACGAGUGUGGCAAAGCCUUCAGUCACAGUUCAAAUCUCAUUCUCCAUCAGCGGAUCCACUCUGGAGAGAAACCUUAUGAAUGUAAUGAGUGUGGGAAGGCCUUCAGCCAGAGCUCAGACCUUACUAAACAUCAGCGGAUCCACACGGGGGAGAAACCCUAUGAAUGUAGUGAGUGCGGAAAAGCUUUCAACCGAAACUCAUACCUUAUCUUGCACCGGAGAAUUCACACACGAGAAAAGCCGUACAAAUGCACCAAGUGCGGCAAGGCCUUCACCCGGAGCUCGACCCUCACUCUACACCACAGAAUCCACACGAGAGAGCGAGCCCCCGAGUACAGCCCCGCCUCCCUUGAUGCCUUUGGAGCAUUCCUGAAAAGCUGUGUGUUGGAUGGCACAAACCUCAUGUUUUCCUCUUAUCCUGAAACAGUGGAAGAACGUGUAGCCCUAAGGAUCCAGAAACCCAAAGGAACCACUAUUCCUGCUCCACACAGUCCCAUCCGUAGUGAGGCUGUUUCUGGAAUCUGUGUGAUGACCAAGGUUUUAGGCAUGGCUGCACUUCGGGUUCCUCGGCCUCCACGGGAGAGGGGGCCUGUGGUGGUUAAAGAUGAGGAAGAGGAAGGGAAGUGCCUUCCUAGCCUGGAGGUGUUCCGCCAGCGCUUCCGGCAGUUUGGGUACCAUGACACACCUGGCCCCCGGGAGGCCCUGAGCCAGCUCCGGGUGCUCUGCUGUGAGUGGCUGAGGCCCGAGAUCCACACCAAGGAGCAGAUCCUGGAGCUGCUGGUGCUGGAGCAGUUCCUGAGCAUCCUGCCCCAGGAGCUCCAGGCCUGGGUGCAGGAGCACUGCCCGGAGAGCGCUGAAGAGGCCGUCACUCUCCUAGAAGAUCUGGAGCGAGAACUGGACGAGCCAGGGCAGCAGGCCUCACCGCCUCCAAAUGAGCAGAAACAGAUGUGGGAGAAGAGAUCCUCUUCAGGAACGGCAAAGUUUCCAAGCAGUGUGCAGCCCCAGUCUGUGGAGACCAGUCACAGAUGCGAAGCUUGGGAGCCCUUGUACAUUCAGGAGACUGGGGAAGAGCAGGAUUUCACUCCAGAGAUGAAACAGAGUCAAGAUCAUAAAUCGAACACCCAGAAUGAGGAAUCAACAGAGAAGCAGAAAAGUUCUGAAGAAUCUCAAGAAUUCAAAAGGGAUAUUAUUCCUGUGAUUAUUGCCAGUAAAUGUGAGUCCAGGUUAGAAAGGCAGUGGGUAAACCUUGAAAAGGAAAGAGGAACAAAAACUCCUCUCCUAGACAAAGGUUCUAAGAAAGGCAGAGAAUUGAUUCCCACUAAACCUACCCCAGGAGAGAGGCGUUACAUUUGUGCCGAGUGUGGAAAGGCCUUUAGUAAUAGCUCAAAUCUUACUAAACACCGGAGAACACACACUGGGGAGAAACCAUAUGUGUGCACCAAAUGUGGGAAAGCUUUCAGCCACAGUUCAAACCUCACCCUUCAUUACAGAACACACUUGGUGGACCGGCCCUAUGACUGUAAGUGUGGGAAAGCCUUUGGUCAGAGCUCAGACCUCCUUAAACAUCAGCGAAUGCACACUGAAGAGGCACCAUAUCAGUGUAAAGAUUGUGGGAAAGCUUUCAGUGGUAAAGGCAGCCUCAUUCGACACUACCGGAUACACACUGGGGAGAAACCUUACCAGUGUAACGAGUGCGGGAAGAGCUUUAGUCAGCACGCAGGUCUUAGUUCACACCAGAGACUCCACACUGGAGAGAAGCCAUAUAAAUGUAAGGAGUGUGGGAAAGCCUUCAACCACAGCUCAAAUUUUAAUAAACAUCAUAGAAUCCAUACUGGGGAGAAGCCCUAUUGGUGUAAUCAUUGUGGAAAAACCUUCUGUAGUAAGUCCAAUCUUUCCAAACAUCAGAGGGUCCACACUGGAGAGGGAGAAGUGCUUUGUGAGAUUUUUGCACAGUCUCCAAGCACAAAGAAGCUACUCUCUUACAGCAGGGGCGGGUCGGCUUGGGACCCCGGUCGCUGGGGCAAGGUGCGCUCUCCCCUGCCCUCGGCAGCUCGUGGGAGACCCCGGCCACCCCCGCCGCCUGCUCGCGGUCAGCGGCACCCGAGCACGCGCUCAGAGGCCGAGGUACGCGGCUCUUCGCCUGGCCCAGCCAACAGGGGGCGCGGCGGCGGGCCGGAAAGCCAGGGCCGGUAUGGGCGAGGGCGCCAAACCACCGAGAGGAGAACACCUCCCAUGUUCCUAGAGAGAACAAGUGGGCGCGGAGGGGCCUCGGGGGAUAGCGUGGGCGGUGAAAAGCGCCGACCCGGAAGCGAAACAGAGAGAACUUCCGUUCUUUGUUCUGUCCCGGUGUGUGGGUCUGUGACAGGGUCCGACACGGCCUGCCCCGUGUCCGGCUCCCCAGAUCUCCCGUCCUUGCCCCCAGGGUCAUCUUUCUCGGUCCCCAGGAGCAGCUUCAGGGAGAGGUGUUGGCAGCAGAGCAAGGAAGGGCCCUGCCUGGACCUGACGCUGUGGGGGCACAAUGGAGAUUUUUCUUCCCACGAGAAACACUGUACCAGAGACCCAGAGCUUCUGGCCCUACCGAUGGAAACUCAGGCUGAUUGCGUAUCUCAGGAACCUCAGCCCCUGCUUGAGAGUGCUCUUCCUUCCUCAAAAGUUCCUGCGUAUUCUGACAAGGACAGCCUGGGGGAUGAGAUGUUGGCAGCUGCACUGCUAAAGGCCAAGUCCCAGGAGCUGGUGACAUUUGAGGAUGUAGCUGUGUACUUCAUCCGAAAGGAGUGGAAGCGUUUGGAGCCUGCUCAGAGGGACCUCUAUAGGGAUGUGAUGCUGGAGAAUUAUGGAAAUGUGUUCUCGCUGGAUGGUGAGACCAGAACUGAGCACGAUCAAGAAAUUUCUGAAGAUACAGGAUCACGUGGGGUGCUGUUGGGAAGAUUCCAAAAGGAUAUUUCUCAGGGUCUUAAGUUUGAAGAAGCCUAUGAACAAAAAGUCAGUCUAAAGAGGCAAAUGGGGAACUCCUCUGGAGAAAGAUUGAAUAGGAAGAUAGAAGAUUUUGGUCAAGUGACAGUUGAGGAAAAGCUAAGCCCUGCAGGAGAGAGAAGUGAGAAGUAUAAUGAUUUUGGGAACAGCUUCACUGUGAGUCCUAACCUCAUUUCGCAUCAGAGACUUCCUAUGGGAGACAGACCCCAUAAGUGUGAUGAAUGUAGCAAGAGCUUUAAUAGAACUUCAGACCUUAUUCAACAUCAGAGAAUCCACACGGGGGAGAAACCCUACGAAUGUAGUGAGUGUGGGAAGGCCUUCAGCCAGAGCUCACACCUUAUUCAGCAUCAGAGAAUCCACACCGGAGAGAAACCUUACGAAUGUAAUGAUUGUGGGAAGACCUUUAGUUGUAGCUCUGCCCUCAUUCUGCAUCGGAGGAUCCAUACCGGGGAGAAGCCCUAUGAAUGUAACGAAUGUGGGAAAACCUUUAGCUGGAGCUCUACCCUCACUCAUCAUCAGAGAAUCCACACUGGAGAGAAACCGUAUGCUUGUAAUGAAUGCGGGAAGGCUUUUAGUAGGAGCUCCACCCUCAUCCAUCACCAGAGAAUCCACACUGGAGAGAAGCCCUAUGAAUGUAACGAGUGUGGGAAGGCCUUCAGCCAGAGCUCACACCUCUAUCAGCACCAGAGAAUCCACACUGGAGAGAAGCCCUAUGAAUGUAUGGAAUGUGGAGGAAAGUUUACCUAUAGUUCAGGCCUUAUUCAGCAUCAAAGAAUCCACACAGGGGAGAAUCCCUAUGAAUGUAGUGAGUGUGGGAAAGCCUUUAGGUAUAGCUCAGCCCUUGUUCGCCAUCAGAGAAUUCACACUGGAGAGAAGCCUUUGAAUGUGAUGGGAAUGAGCAAAAGUUCUCUCAGAGUUACUGCUGAAUUAAAUAUCCAAGAGUCUACAUGAAAGACAGCCACACACCUGUUUUCCUCACUUCCUCUGAGUCUAAAGAGCUCCUGCCUUACUAUAUGAGUAUGAAUAACUUAGAAUGUAUCCCUUCCGACUCAACCCUUUCACUUUAGAGAAUGGGGCAAAUUGGGCAAAUCAUCCUGGCACAGUGAUGAAGCUACCUAGUCUGUUUCCCCAAGAAUGACACCAGGUGGCGAGCGGCAGGUUAAGUGCUGUGAAUAAGAGGGAGGCUCUGGGACUUAUCACCUUCCAUUCUGGAAGGGAGUUUGCACUAGACCAUUUCUUUCACACCAGAGGAGCCUUUCUUUCCAAGGUGGGGAAUGGAAGCACAGUAGGAAUAAAAUUCCAAGGAUUCCUGUAGUCGGAGUCAGUAUAGUCAGCACAGAAGGCAGUGGAAAGAAUGUUCUGAGUCCUAUUUGAUAAGAAGGGGAAAUGGAGGCUGUAUUUCAAAGCCACUGUUCCUAAUCCAGCUUUAAGUUUUGAUAAGGAAUGUGCUAUUUUUUUGUUGUCUCAUGACUUCAUUAAUUAUGGAAAAACUUGGUGCUGAGGGAUGUGUUAUUUUAUUGGGGGCGGGGGAACCCCAAGAGGUUUUCUGUGAUAACUAUUUUGCAGGGCUCUUGGAGUAGCAAGCCCAGGUUUCCAAGAGCAGCAAGGCAGGCAGUUUUGUUGGAGAACUCCUUGUACUUCCCUCCUGUGAUAGAUAUGGCUGCGAAAUCCAUCCGAAUACCAGUAAGUCUAACGGAGAGGAGCAGAAGCGUUUGGCAUUGGCCUGGUUUCCCUCCUGCUCUCUCCCUGUUCUCUCCCCACUCCUGUGUUGGAAAGUGAUUUAAUCCAAACCCCCAGUUACUAGGAAUGCUUUUAUGGAGCUCACUCAGCCAGCUUGCCCUGCCCUCUGUCCCCUGUGACCUAUGACACCUGGCCCCAGCAGCCGGAUCCCUCCUGACCCCACUUCUGACUUCAGCAGCCAAGUAUGAGUGCAAAGAAAAAGCAAAGCCCAGAGAAGGGAGUCUCUGGCCUGACUGGGCCGCGUUGCUGGGUUAGGAUGGAGCUCCCGAGUUUCCCAGCUGAAGGGAUGAUCUUUGGUUCUGUCUUCCCAAUCCUGCUCAUCCUGUAGCAUAAAUGAAGUGCACUAUUAAACAGAAUAGUUUCUUAGAAGGAGAGAUUGAGUGUGUUUUUGUGCAGGAGCACAAAUUUAUUUCAGUUAAAAUAGGAAACAGUGACUAUAACUGGAAUCUUUAAAGAUGAAUCUUUAAAAUUUUUUACAGACAACUAUUUUUCUUUCAGUCACAAACACAUGACCUCUUUCUCUCAAGACUCCAGGUACUGCCACAGACUCCCAUUUACACAGCUGCUCCCAUCUCAUACCCACACGUCGGAUUUUGUGUGCCGUGUGCUCUUGACUUAAGACCAGCAACCAAAACUAGAAAGGUGUUACCGGGUGUGGGGCCCCUGACAAGUGUGUACAUUGUUGGGUAGCAAUGGGCAUAUGUAGACUUCUUGUUUGGGCGCUUGGUGGGAGGGUGUUGCAGUCACGAGAAGGAAGGUUGAGAUGAAAGUCUUAUGCAAAAGAUGAGGAAGUGUCUGGAACUGGCCUCUAAAAAACUUGGGAGCGUAUAUUGUGAACACCUGAUAUGUUUUUAAUUUCUUAAAGCUAUAAUGAAACUCA